AUGUGCCAACCUGGCAACGAGCUGCGAGGCCGCUGUGGCGCCUUUCUGGUUGGAGGCUUCCCAGGUGUGCCGGCGACCAUGCCUUUGGACUUGCAGGACUUUGCGGAACAGGCAGGCCUGAAGAACGAAGAAGAAUUCAAAGAGAAGGCCCUCAGGACUUGGUGCGAAACUCACGUGCCGCGGGAUACAGCUCUGAAGAUGGGGCAGAAGGCUCGUCCAGCAGGUCUUGUAGUGUUUUGGUCUCUCCGUCCUCAAGUGCAAGCUGUGAGAUCAAGUUUGAGCAGGCUCACCAUGGGCAGCGGUGGCUCGGUUCAGGCAUUCCAGCUGACAGCCGAGGAGGCCGUGGACAAGAAAUGCGCUGUAAAGAGCACACCCGGAGCGGUUGUUUGGGUUUUCUUCCCAAAAAAUGCGGUUGACCGGCUUUGGUCCUUGAGCUUCAAAGACAAAUCUAUGGAACUCACCAUGCCGAUGCCUGAGAGGCCGCAGAUGUCGAUGCCUUUGUGGCUGGCGGCCUCGCCCAGGAGAAGAGUGGAGGAGCUGCAGGCCGGAGCUCAAGAGGCAGAGAGACUCCUGGACGAGGCACAAGCGCAACUCCCAGAGGCGCCCAUUCUGCGAGUGCAAUGCAGAGAGGCCGCAGUGGAGACCGCCCUUGCACAGGCCGGAUCCCACGACUCGGAGAAACUCCAAGAGGUGGCGCAGCUGCACGAAGAGGCACCAUACGUCCGAAUACAUCCCAUGAGAUCGUCAGAGAUCGUCAGAGAUCGUGUUCGCUCAUUGCGUCAAGCUGAAGCUGCUGCAGCUCGGCGCAUUGAGGCCGAAGCUAAUGAGUCGCGGAGGCUCCGAGAAGAGGUUGCGCAACUCCAAGAAGAGGCCGCAGUGGAGACCGCCCUUGCACAGGCCGGAUCCCUCGACUCAGAGAAACUCCAAGAGGUGGCGCAACUGAACGAAGAGGUUCGCUCAUUGCGUCAAGCUGAAGCUGCUGCAGCUCGGCGCAUUGAAGAACUAGAAAGUCGAUUGCGAGAGGCCGAAGCUAAUGAGUCGCAGAGGCUCCGAGAAGAGGUUGCGCAACUCCAAGAAGAGGUUAACGUUCAAGAACCUCAUCUGUACUUCACAUUGCGAGACAAGCCUGCCAUCCUGGAGAAAACGGCCGACAUCCCCUACCACGGCCACAUCAAGCGGGAAGAAGGUUUAGACUGCUACGUGUCCUUUCCUGGAAAAUAUGCAGCCGGUUGGGAUGCAUUGAUCAAGGAACGUCACGGACAAUCCGUGGCGUGCGUAUUCCUCUGCACUCCAGCUGACGGCCUUGGAAAGCAUAAAGAAGAAUUUGGUGGCCAGUGCUAUUGCCCCACAAUUUAUGGGCAGCGGGACUUCAAGACUUUCGGUUACUUGAAAGAGCUGCCAGCAUCUUGUAGCGAAGCAGAGGAGAAGAUUGAGGUAGAGAAGGCGACAGCCACGAAGACUGUUGUGGUUCGAUCAGAUGCCAGCGACAAAGACAAACAAGAAGCUGAAGAGAAAGCACGACAAGCUUGGGAGGACAGUGGCAGAGUUGCCUCCUGGGGAUGCGAAUGGUUCCACACGUGGAAGAAGCAGGUGGCCGAAGCCGUGAGGUUGAAGCAACGUCUCAAGGUAGUGUUUUUCCCUGCGCAGACUGGCAAAGGUAUAGUUUCUUUUGAGGAUUUGAACAGAGUGAAUCUUUGGGAUGGAGUUGGCUGCGGUGGGAGCCAAAAGUGCGAAAUCGCAUACUUGGAGCAGAUGAGGCAGCAGCAAGGAGAGGCUUGGAAUUAUGACCAUGUCGAUGUCAGCCAUUUCCUGAAGGAAGAGUUCAAAGUUGGCGCUAAAGUUGAUGCGUGGGACGGCAAGCAGUGGUGCAGAGGUACUUUACUCGAUGUUCCCUUGAGGAUACCAGAGAAGCCCGAGGAGGCAAAAUGGACCGUAGAGUCCCAAACGAAGUGGCACAUUUUUGUUACAGAUCGGGUUAGGCAUGCAGAUUUGAUUCAGGCGAUGCUUGCAGAAGUUGGGCGCGAAAACUUCGUGGACCUGGUGAAAGACUCAUUAUCAACAGAUCUUGGGAUCGUGACAAAUCAGGGUUUUGUAUUCCCAGACGGCACACCUUCGCUCGCUCUCAGACUUGGGAUCGACAACAUUGCGUCUCUCCAGCAUGUACGGAAUGUAGUUUUGAAUAGUGACUUGGAAUCGCGCAUAAAUGAAUCUUUGAAGAAGUGGCAAGUGCACGUGGAUAAGACGCACUUUUGCAAGGUUUUUGAGCGAGAACUGCUAAACCUCUCAGACUUGACAGACCAUCAAAAGGAGAAAGUGAGAGAUAUCAAAGAUCUCAUGAAGCACGGGGAUGAUUCGGGUCCUUUUGGCAUGGCUAGGGGUCGUGUACAGCUGGCUCUCAGGGUCAAACCAGACGAUGAGCGGCUCAAACCCACUUCUAGUGUUUGGCGGGUUGAGACAGUGCCGUUUGGUUGGGAUUUUGAAAAUGUGGAAGAAACUCUGGUUGAAGCAGGUUUCUCUGAAAUUGAUAUUUUAGCAAAGCAACGCCGUCGUGGUGGCACUGCUUGGGUUUUCAAAGGCAUGAGAAAUGAUGACCGUGAUCAAAUGCAAAUCCAUUAUGAUGCGGACGAGACGUGCAAUGAGCCACCAUUAGAUCUGUUUUUAGUUAAGCAGUCCAAACGACUGCCUGACUUUGCAACCACGCUUGCCUUACCGAAAAGUAGUCUACCUCCAUUACCCUCCAAGGAUGAUCGCGGUAACGAAGCUAUGGAUGUCAGUCUGAUUAGCGUCCCAGAUGCAAGUGAUGUUGAGGAUGAGCCCAUGCAUGUCCAGGGCACCAAACGCAAAGACCAGGCCAUGUUGACCAGCCCGCAAAAAACUGGUCAUGACAAAAAGAGGAUGAAAGUGCCCGAGAGGCUUCAAAAAGUUCCGAACCCUGGGGAAGGGAAUUGCUUGUUUUACUGUCUAGCUCAGGCGGAGUCUACCCCAAGUAAGUCCCGCAGCCACAGGCAGGUGCGUGCAUUUGUUGUUGCCUACAUGACCAAACACUUCAAGAAAUACGAGGAUUUCUGGGACGGUUUAAGCCCGAGCAACAUUCCCAUGGAGGGUGGGUUUGACGAUUAUUUACAAGCCCUUGAAAAAGAUAAAGCUUGGGCGGGAUAUUGUGAAAUCGAAGCAUAUGGCGAAGCCAUGCGCCGACCUGUACUUGUUGUGCAUGCCAAGGACAAUGUUGUCCAUGCUUUUAAUAGUCAUGGCGAUAAGGAUGUUGUCUGUCUCUGGUACAAGGAUGAACAUUAUGAGCUUAUUGUUCCUUCAGACGCGGAUAUUCAGGCCCUGUGGCAGAAUGCUGAAGACGGUGGCACCAAGGGUUACCGCGGGGCCGCAAAGAAGGCACGCUUGGCUGCCGACAAUGCCUCUAUUUGCCUUUCACAAUUUGCAACUCCCAAAUCCAGCAGGCCAAGCCCAAGGUUGACCGAUUUUGCCCAGAGCACCCCUGCCAAACGGAGUGCAUGUCUGACUGAUUUUGCAUCAACGGCCAAACCGAGCCGUCAAAAGACCGAGCAAUCAGAAGCCGAGCCAUGUGGUUCCAACCCAUCUGCCGCAUCAGCUUCUGCGUCUGUUGCCACUGGGCGCGACCGGGAAAUCACGUGGACAUGUCACAUUUGCAACGUCUCUUUCACUGACAAAGCAUGCAUCGUUUCAAAAAGACGUACGGAUCACAUUAGGCGUACGCAUCGUGGUACCCCAACCACCAAUUUUAAAAAGGCUGUUGAUCAGUACAGGGCUCCGGUUACUGCCGUAUCGUAUGGGCCCACUCAUGCUGCUGUUUCUUGGACUUGUGGUUUUUGCAUGGGCACCCUCCCCAUUUUGCCUAAGACACAUCAGAAAGCAUCAAUCGUUGCUCAUUUGCGCUCCUGCGCCAAGGCCCCAAAAGGGGCCACCAGAGGCGACUCCAUUCUUCGCCUUUGCAAGAGAGCAAGCGUGUCAUCUGAUGUACCUCACAGAAGCAUUUUGCCUUGGAAGCUGAAGCAUCGCCAGAUGUAUGUGCAACUCAACAAGUUUGCCAAGGAGCAAGGACACUCCUUAUCCCAAGUGCAGAGACGUACUACUGGAACGAAAAAAUUGGCUGGUGGGUCGAAAAAAGUUAUUUUCUUCAUGGCUCAGCAUGCUUGUUCCAUUUGUGCUGGUUACUGGAAAACUGAGAAGUCCGUGAGAGCUGCAGGUCCUUGUGGCGGGCGGACUGCUCGUGCCGAGUGGUUAGCCAUGCCUGGUCGCCAAAAAUGCUGGCGUCAGGCUCCCAAAGAGCGCCAAGAGGCGCUGCACAAGGCUUGGCGUUUGAGUGCUACCGAGCGUAGGAAGCUUGAUGAUGCUUGGGCUAGUGCCAAGAAAAAGUCGCGCAAGAAGUGGCCGCCUAAGUCAUGGAAACGCGAUUUGACUGCCGAGAAUAUUCACCCCCAUCCAGGCCCAGGCCAUCCUGACCACUGGAUUCUCUCGUGGAAUUGCCGUGGAUCGUGCAAUGCUUGGAGGGGCCUAAACUUGCUUCAGGAUGAGGGUAACUUGCCUUCUGUUUUAUGUCUUCAAGAGCCUGACUUCGAGCCUCGUCAAGGCUCCCAGUAUGUUGAAAGGCUUCAGAAACAUGGGUACAAGUGUUGGACCAUUCCGGCCAAACCUAUUCGCACACUUAAACGUGAAUUUUACCGAGGUGGUCUUUUGGUUGCAUUGCGAGAGCAUCUCAGAGGAGGCAUCUGGGACACACUGGCUUGCGAUGAAGGGUAUGUCAUGACUUUGGAUCUUCAAUCGUGCCUACUUUCCUCAGUUUGGCGUCGGCCAAGCCAACUUGAUGGUUUGCAAUUUUUGGAAUAUGUUGCUACGGUCACUGAAGAAGCACAACGCAGGCAGAUACCUGCACUUUGGGUAGGUGAUUGGAACGAAACUCCUGAUGACAACGCCGCAUCCAUUUUCUUGAAUGGCAGUGUUCUGGCUGUCACGGAUCCUGAUCAAUGGGUGCCUAGCCGGUUCGAAGGUAAAAGAUGUCUUGAUUACGGAAUUCUCAGCGGCGGGUACGGUUUUGCUGAUUGCCCGCGUUACAGUGAAUGUAAGAUUUCUGAUCACAAGAUGUUUUGGCUUAGAUUGCGCUUGCCCAUUUUCCAGACUGAUACGUGGAGGUUCGCUUGGCGGCCUAACUAUGAAUGUCCUCCGGAAGUGCCUGUUGAGCAAUGGCGGGCCGUGCUUGCAGAACAAUGGGCCGCUUACGUGCCAUGUUUUUCUCAGGAUCCCGACCAAGAUUGGGAAUAUUUUCACCAGUUUGCUGAAAAGAGCAUGCGUGAAGCAUUGCACUUGUGUGGCCAGCCCGUGCCUAGGCCAGGCCAUGCGCGCGGGAAUUUGCCUCGUGUGAUCAAGGCUGAACGCCCCCAGGUCAAUACGUUCCCUGCCAGAAAACUUGUUAAUGUGCUUGGUCGUCUCUAUGAAGUGAAGCGACAGUUAGCCAAGUCCCAGGGAGACAAAAAGCUUUUGCAAAAAUUAUGGUCGACUUGGCCGUCUGAAUACAAUGAGCUUUGGGGGUCUUGGAACCACGCUAUUGAAGUGUUUGAACAACGCAUUGCGCUUGAAAACAGGAAGUCCAAGAACCAAAGGCUGACCGAGUGGCGUACCAGAAUGCGCCAGGGGGGCAAAGAGGUGACCCGGUGGAUGAAGCCUCACAAACCUCCAACACCACGCUCUGUUUCCGAAGAUUCUUGCGCCACGAUCACGCAAACCCUUGAUUGUAUUCGUUCUUUUUGGCAGCGUAUUUGGAAACGUGAUGACCUCGUUCCACACUUACCCCCGGAAUUUAGAACAAUGGAAGCCCUGGCUGGACCCCAAACUGAUUGGAUGCCAGAUGCUGCCCUCAUCCAUCAGGCCGCUCUCAGAGCCUCGGGGUCUGCAGCCGGAUGUGACGGUUGGUCCGGCAGCGAAGUUUGCCAUUUCCCGCUUGUUGCUUGGGAUCACUACCGUGAUUUGGUUUUGCAUUGGUCUCAGUUAAAACAAUUCCCACAGGCAUGGCUGCAGGUUCGUCAGGUUCAUUUAAGAAAGGAUGACGGUGGGACUGUAGGGUCUUUGCGGCCUAUUGCAGUUGAAAGCAUUUUUCUUCGGUUGGUCUCCUCAUCUUAUGUGAGGACCCCACAGGUUCAGGAAUGGAUUGCGUCUCGGGUCCCCGAGCAGUGCCAUGGAGGCUUGAAAUCCCGGGGGGUUGCCACGGCAUGGAGGCAACUCAAUGAAGCGUUUGAAAACCAGGAAGUUCUUGCUUCUUUAGAUUUCUCCAAAUGUUUUGAUUUUGUCCACCCAGGUUUGGCCAUUGAAAACAUGCAACUGCAAGGGUUGCCAGAUGAGUGGGCUAACAUUUUGAUGUUUGUAUGGGGUCAUCAAGUGCGAUGGCUGUGCUUGGGGAAAGCUGUGCACCCAACGCCGGAGCAUGUCCAGACCUCCAUGCCGCAAGGUGAUGCCUUUGCACCUCUGGCUCUUAUCAUGUUGCUCAUUGGGCCCCUUCAUGAUGUGUCUUCCAUUCCAGACUUGCGUCAGGUUGCAUACGUUGAUGAUCGCGCUUUGAGCGCGCCUAAUGUUCCACGUUUAAUUGCUGGCAUCCAUAGAUGGCGCAGCUGGAGUGCCACUUUGGGUCUCCAUGAAAACGUUCAAAAAAUGCGUUUAGUUGCCUGCACUGCGCAACAAAAGCAAGAGAUCAAUGACGCAGGGUUUGGUGAGUAUCUCCGACCGGCCACUCGGGUCUUAGGUAUUGACUUUAAGGAAAGUGACCUUAUUGUUUCCCCUGUUCUUGAAAACCGUUUGCAAGAAGCAGUGUUUGCCGCUCACCGUUUGCAGAAAUUGCCGGUUGCCCGCGAUAUCAGGAUGUCUUUGUACAGGUCCAGAAUCAUUUCACUCGCCACCUGGGGCGCUUGGUUUGAACGAUUGCCGCAGUCACAGUUGCCUUCGCUUCGAAAGGCAUGGCAUGCCAUUUCCUAUCUGCAAGGUAACGCUUCGAGACCUCUUUUCAACCUGCUUGUAGGUCAUAUGUAUCAUGCUGAGUUUUGGGCCACCAUGUCUUCCAUUCGGACCAUGCGCCAAGUUCGUGCCCCUUGGCGAAGGAUGCCACGACCUGGAGGCUGGCAGAGUUUCAUUUGCGCACGCAUGCGAGAGCUGAACUGGGAAUUUCGCGGUCCAUGGAUGUUUGCACAUGAGGAUUUGGGUCAUGUCGAUUUAUCCAAUCCAGAUGAAGCUGUUGUGAAACUCACCGAGCACAAGGUGAGAGAAAGUUGGCGCCGAGUGCAAUUUGCCCUUUGGAAAAAGCAGAACCGCCGUGAUAGGCAUUAUUUGCUUGAUGUGCCGUAUGAGGAAAGUCGUGUUUCCGAUGCCCGCAAGUUGUUCUCUCUCACGUGUGAUAGUCAUCAGAGGGCCGUAAUGCUUGGUUCUGCGCAUUCCACGGCAUGUUAUGAUAAGAUGCGUGGACACGAAGUGAGGGAACAAUGUCCCUUUUGCGGUGAGCAAAUCCCACCUGUCUGGGAACAUCUCUCCUGGCAUUGCUCCGCCGAACAGUUGUCUUCCGGCCGCCCUGAGGUCCCUGAAGAUGAAUUGCAAAAUCGUCUUGCUUGGCCCACACGUGGGUGUGAUGCCUAUGAUAGAGCGGUUCUUCACCACAUGGCCCGGACGUUCGUAGCUGCACAGUGUGCAUUAGAUAAGCUCAGAAACAAUCCCGAUGGACAAGUCUUUUUCCUGGCACCUUCCAUUGCCCUUGGCCUGUACUUCGUGCGGUGGCUUGCUCAAAGCUCUUCAAACCGCGGGCAGCUUCACAAGUUGUUGAGGCGCAUUGUGUUGAUGGAACCCCAAAGCCAAGCUUUUCUGAGCUUGCGUAUCAAAGGCGACCGUUUUGACUGGAUUCCGUUGCCCAACAGCAAAAAGCGAUUUCUCUUAACAAUCAUCGAUGAGGCACAUAAUUUUUUCUGUAUAGAUGAGAGCCACACUUUUCUGGAAGAGAAGAUUGAGGCACCACGACAAGUGUUGCUCUUGUCGAGUGUAUCCCAAAACUCAUCUGGUGCAGUGCAUUUUCCACCAGCGAAGGAGAUCAGCCUGACACAAGUGGUGCGCAGUACGAAAAGGAUAGUGGCUGGUGCAGCUGCAUUUCAAGCAAGUGUGGCAGAAAAAGAGCAGAUUGCUUCCUUAUGCCCAGCUGGGCCUCCCCUGAAGGCUUUCCUCUUCGAGUCUGAUGCACAUGUCUUUGAAGAUUAUGCCAAACAUACUGUGUCUGCAUUGUUUCAUGUGAUGCGCAUAUAUGCUGGACUCAGCUUCCACAAUCGCUUGGCCCUUUUGGUGCCCAACCCUGACUUUCUGGAGAAGUUCCAAGAUGCCUUGCAAAGACACUUCUUGACGGCACGCCUUGCAGGGCGAAACUUCAAGCUGAUAUCGUUUACUGAGUCGCUACGCAUGCUCCCAAACGUCAAAGUGAAGCAGGCCACACAUGCAGACAAUGCAGAGCUGAUAGUGCUGGACACGGUGGAGAAUGCAAAGGGACUGGAGUCACUCAUGGUGGUGUGCAUUGGUCUGGAUCAAAAAGUUGGUGACCAAAGUGCAAACCAGGUGGGGCGCUCAAACAUAUAUCAAGCAAUCACUCGGGCGCAGCUUCAGGCAGUGAUUGUGAACCAGCUCCUCCGAGGAGGUUGGCUGGAAUUCUUGGGGGUCACAAAAUUCAAAAGUGAUACCUUCAAUGAAUCCACAGCUAUGGCCGAGACCACCACUGCUGCUGCUGAAGCCUUGACGAAAGUGCAGCUGCCAUCGAAGUUGGCAAUUCAGGCCUCGCAGGAAGAUUCAUCGCGAAGAGAAGAUGCCAGGGCGAUCCAAAGAGAUCCUCUGAAGCCAGAUGCUGUGCCACCUUCAAAGCCAAUGUUGGAAGAAGGUCAAGACCCCACAACUGCACCUGAGGCGGGUGACAAGCCCGGUGACAAGUUGGUCGUGGAGAUCAAGGAUUCAUCUGUGUGGGACGCCGAUGUCAUUGACAUCAAGGAGCCGAUCUCACAGCUGCAGUUUGACCCUCGAUCACCCACUGGAAAAGCUGAGGAAGAGGUAGCAUCCUUGGAGGCUGAAGAAGUCCGAGAAGCCCGAGAAGCCCAAGAAGCUGCCGAUGCAGAGGAAGCUGCAAGAUGCGACAACGACAUCCUCGUGGCGGCCGGGCGCGGUCACCUCGGCGGGGUCCGGCACCUGCUGCGGACGGUGCCCGGCGCCGUGGCCACGAAGGACCGCUGGGGCGGCACCGCGCUGCACUGGCCGGCGAGCAACGGCCGCGCGGAGAUCUGCCGGGUGCUGCUGGCGGCGGGGGCCGAGGUCGACGCCAGGGACUUCGACGGUCGCACCCCGCUGCAUUGGGCGGCGGGCAACGGCCAAGUGGAGACGGUGAAGCUGCUCCUCGAGGCGAAGGCCUCGGUGACUGUGAAAGACGACCUAGGCACCACACCUCACGACCUUGCAAAGGACGGCGAUGACAAGAAGGUUUUCGUGGCUCUGCUGAGUGGCAAAGACUGUGAAUGCCUGUGGUUGCAAGACCGGACUAUCCGACAGCUGAAAGAAGAAGCUCAGCAAAAGCUGGAUAUUGCCAUCAAGCACUUGAUUGGUCCCGACAUGGAGCCGUUGGAUGAAGAGAAGAUGCUGGCAGAAGAAAACGUCAUGCCUGGCACAACGCUGACGGUCGUUGCAGUAAACCAGGCAGCAGAGGAUGAGAAAGAAGCGGCAGAAUGCCACAACGACAUCCUCACGGCGGCCUACGACGGCCGCCUCGGGGGGGUCCGGCACCUGCUGCGGACGGUGCCCGGCGCCGCGGCCGCGACGAACAGCCUCGACUCCACCGUGCUGCACGUCGCGGCGGGCAAAGGCCACGCGGAGAUGUGCCGGGUGCUGCUGGCGGCGGGGGCCGAGGUCGACGCCAGGAACGACUAUGGUGAAACCCCGCUGCAUUUUGCGGCGAACAACGGCCGUGCGGAGGUGGUGAAGCUGCUCCUCGAGGCGAAGGCCUCGGUGACUGUGAAAGACAACAAAGGCCGAGGCCGGACUGCAUUGGACAUUGCACGAGAAAAGGGCCACGAUGAAGUUGUGAAGAUUCUGGAGAAUGCAGCAUGAAGCUCCAAGAUUUGUGCGUGGAGCAACUCAGCUGUUGGUGCGAUCUCUGGAUUGAUGGUGUGGCCUUCAUGUUUCACGCGCCCUUGGUCGAAUCGGUACGAAAAUGCAAACAUCUGAGGGCGCACAAAUAGAUUACUGUUUUGCGAGGUGCAGAAUUGAAGGAACAUGUUUCUCAUUUGAGCUCUUUUCUUGCUCAGAUAUGUUUCGACCACGGAAACGACACUCUAUCAGCGAACCUUCUGGAGUUUCCUUCCAACCAUUUUGUUUGCUUCAAGUGUCUGGAGCCAUCAUGCUGCUUCUUGGCGCAUCCUGGUCCCCUCUCAUUUGGAUUGGUCCAUUGGUUUUGCCCAUCGAACACGAACCUCCCGCUGCUGCAUGGCUGCGCGAGUGGCUCCAACUUUUCAGGACCCCGAAGAGCUGGUGAGUCAUGCAGGCACCACACCUCACGACCUUGCAAAGGACGGCGAUGACAAGAAGGUUUUCGUGGCUCUGCUGAGCGGCAAAGACUGUGAAUGCCUGUGGUUGCAAGACCGGACUAUCUGACAGCUGAAAGAAGAAGCUCAGCAAAAGCUGGAUAUUGCCAUCAAGCACUUGAUUGGUCCCGACAUGGAGCCGUUGGAUGAAGAGAAGAUGCUCGCAGAAGAAAACGUCAUGCCUGGCACAACGCUGACGGUCGUUGCAGCGGCCUGGCCCGUGACAGGACCAUUUAUGUCCAUGUCUAUGUCUGUCACAUUGCGCGUGGAUAAUGAAGGCAAACAUGCUUCAUGAAGUGGUGGUAAACCAGGCAGCAGAGGAUGAGAAAGAAGCGGCAGAAUGUCGACGCCAGGAACG